CAUGACACCCUCCGACUGCUGUCUCCCUACCCCACGCGAAGCACAGAUGUUCCCGUGACGACUGUCAGAUUCUCAGAAAUCAGAAGGAGGAUCUGCCACGAAGAACUUCGCGCGAACCUGCAUACGCUUUCGUUCUACGUAUGGCUUUGGACCUCCUACCUUCCGGAAGCCUUCCUUUUCUGCGUGACAUAGGUGCAACAGACUUCAUCUCGAGGAGCGCACCGAUCCAUGCCAGACGGCGCGCCGCAGAGACAAUUCUAUGUGAUGGACUUCCCUACUCCAAGAAGCUUGUUGGACAUACGUCGUGUGUCAAUUCCCUAGCGUUCUCCAACGACGGUCGGUGGCUCGCGAGUGCAGGGGACGAUCCGUACGUGCAGAUAUGGGACUUCCACCAAGAACAGCUGUCCAAGCCGGCGUUGAGCUUCUUAGGACCAAGGUCUAAUGUCUUCACGCUCGCCUUCUCGGCCUCGGCACGAUUUGUCUACUCUGGGGACACAAGCAACAUCCUACAUCAGUACGAUAUUUCCAGCCUGCACGACCCCGUAGCGCGUGUAGAGGCCGGUUCCCAGGCCGGAUCUCCGAGCUGGAGCAACGCCCAGCACGACGACAGCAUCCGCUCGAUAUCGUGCCACCCCGAGCAGGACAAUCUGUUUCUCAGCGCAGCCGAAGACGGCCGCAUCGUCCUACACGAUAUGCGCGGUGACUCGCGGUACACGCGGACGCAGCGGAUCCUGCAGCACCGCACGGAGCUGACGUGCGUGCAGUACCAUCCGACGAUGCCGGACCUCUUCGCGACUAGCGAUAAUCAUGGGCAAGUGUGCCUGCGCGACGUUCGCAUGGCGUUCGGGCCUCUGUCUCAGCGCCGGGACGAGGGCGUCGUGCACAAAGUAAGGCUUCCGCGGUCGUGCAUGCGCCGGGCAGGGCACCUCAUCGUUCAGCAGUAUGUGACAACGGUGGCCAAACAAGGUGUCGCGAACAUGGCACGGCCAGAGGCGAGCAGCAUCACGUUUGACCGCGAAGGACGCAGACUGGCUGUCACGACGCUGCAUCAUCUGCCGACGUUAUACGCUUUGAACGACCCGUACCCUAUUGCGCUCUUCAGCGGGCGUCGCUACCCGAAUGGUGCCGUGGUGAAUCCCUCGGAAAACACGUACACGAACAGUUGCACGAUCAAGCACGGAAGUUUCGGGACAUUGGGCUCUGAUAGAGACAUGUACUACACCGCAGGCUCGGACGACUUCCGGGCUUACGUAUGGAAGAUACCGGAGGAGGCCGCUCUCCUUGAGAGCCGGAACGUCGUUGAGUAUUCGGAUUGGACCGAGAACAGAAGGCCUGGGGAGCUAGGAUAUUCGGCCACUGCACUCGGGCCAAGAUACGUCCCGCAAGAGAUUUCUACACCCCUGGCACGCUUGACUGGACAUGACUCGAUCGUCAACACGGCGUUGUGCCACCCUCACCAUCCCUACAUCCUCACAGCAGGGAUAGAGCGCUUCAUCCGCCUUCACAGCCCGACGGAAGCGUCGCCCUGCACGGAGCCUAUGCUGCCGACACCCAAGACGGUCCGGACCGUGUCUUUCUCCAAUCCGAGCUCCCGGGAGUUGUUCCUCAGAGCGGUGGGCAUGGUGGACGACCCGGACGUGGAAGAGGACGACGACGACAGCCAGUCCAUCGCGCUCUUUGAUCAGAUACUGCGCAUGGAGGGUAACGGGGACGUGUUCACGGUUCGGCGUCGGGACGGGCACCGUGAUGGUGGGGAUAGCAGCGACGAGGACAUGGACGGGGGGUCGGACUCAGACGCGGAGAUGUCUUUGUAUCAGUAAUUCGAUCGCAUCAAUUAG